AUGAGUAUAACUCAAUUGGUUGCGGGGAUGGACAAUACGUCAAGAGUUGAAGUUGAUCAUACCGAUUAUUUUACAACAACUGAAUUGUUUGACUCGGGGGACGAGUUAGUGGCUUGGGCUAGCGGAGUCGAAGAUUAUCAAGGAUCUUUCACAAAGUCAUGUGCCGCCAAGAAGAUUUUGGUUAACUUGAGACAAAAUGGCUUGGGUCUCGAUGCUUAUUCGAAACAAAUAUACAAUGAAAAGGCAAAAUUGAGAAGAUUAGCUAGGGGUGACCGUACAGUGAUGCAACAUUUGAUUGGGUUGCUUGAGGAGCAUAACUAUUACAAGUGGUUCCGUACAGAUGAAACGACCCAUGCAGUUAUCGAUUUGAUGUGGGCUCACCCUCUAUCUGUCGAAUUGUUAAGUAAGUUUCCGUACGUUAUACUACUUGACAGUACUUACAAAACCAAUCAGUGCAAAUUGCCUUUGUUGGAGAUUGUUGGUGUUACUCCUGUCGGAAAAAAAUUUACUGUUGGAGUGGUUUUUAUGCGCCAUGAAAAUGAAGAACAUUAUACAUGGGUGUUGCAAAGGUUGAAGAGACUUUUCCCCCCACAUACUCUACCUAGUGCACUCGUGACUGAUCGCGAGUUAGGGCUCUUAACGGCGAUAGAGAAUGUAUUUCCGACUGUGCCUCAUCUAUUAUGUCUUUGGCACAUUAACAUGAAUGUGGGGCGUCGUGCUUCAAAGUGUUUUGGCAAUAGUAGGCGUCAAGGAUUUGCUUUUGUAGUCAUUCCGUGGCAAACUUUGGUAACAUCAGUGUGUGAAGAAGAUUUCAACCGGAAUUACAGAGUUUUAGUGGACGAUUACGCGAAUCAUCCACAGUUGAUUGAGUACCUCCAAGACACUUGGCUGAUAUACAAAGAGAAAUUUGUAAAAGCAUGGACGGAUCUAGUUUUUCAUCUGGGCAAUACAUCGACAAGCAGGGUGGAGAGCAACCAUAGAGCAUUGAAGAGAUGUGGAAUUGUAACACAUUCUGCACUGAAGAUGUUGGACGAUGAGAAGGAUGAAGAUAUAGACAGUUGCGUCUGUUACAUGAGGAAAUGUCUUGGCCUCCCAUGCAAACAUGAAAUUGACGCAAAUGUGAAUGCACGAUGUGGUGUGUUUUAUGCAGAGGAUGUCCACAUUUUUUGGAGGACAUGGGUUUCGAGAUUCGGGCCUGGCCAAGAAGAAAGUGUUGGUUCUGUUCCCGAUCACAGGUCACAGGCUAUUGGCAGGCUAGACGGGUUAAUUGAUGAGUUGCGUGAACGUUCAGAAAUUAAGAUCAUGGACGUGGCAGAUGUCGUUUUUGAACGAAUGCAUCCUGGAGCAACGGAGAUAAAUGAGCCACCAGUACUAGACCGCCCUAGAGGUAGACCGCGGAACAACUCCACACAGAGGGAUGAGUCAGGGCAUGAGUUGCCAUUAUACCCGGGCGAAGAAAAUUCGAGACGAGGACGAGGACGAGGACGAUCAAGAGGCAACAGAGACUGUGGUUCAUCUUCUGAUAGAUCUCGUGGUCGUUCAUUGACUUUGAGUGGACCCGAAAUGGGACGAAUGCCCCGACCUAGUUGGAUGCGAGAACUUCAUUUUUGCCUCGUUCCGGAGAUUGUGACCUGGACGGACGUUCUAAGGGAUGGUAAUUGUGGUUAUCGGAGCGUGGCGUGUGCAGUCAAGAACAGUGAGGAUGAUUGGAUGGAUGUUAGAUUGGAUGUGUAUAUAUGUAUUAGAAUGCACGCGCCGUUCUUCAAUGAUUAUUUCGGACGUGGUAAUUCAGUGUAUCGGGUGUUGGCGAGACCUAUUGGUAUAACGCCCCAGCACCUCUGGAAAAGUGGAUGA